GUUACAUCUGGUUUCUGAAGAUCCAGCGCAUCGAGAGAACUCACGACCUAUUUGUGAAGCAGAUGUAUGAGGGAGCAUUUCUGGAACAGUCCAUGUUGCUCAACACACGUUUUGUGGCCAGGGAGAAAAAGAAUGAUGAAGGAUCAAAAGGCCCUGUGACAGUCUAUUUAUGUGCAACAAUGUGGCAUGAGACAUAUGAUGAAAUGAUGAAAAUAAUCAUCUCAAUGUUCAGGCUCGACAAAUUUCGUCCAAAAACGAACAACCACAAUGAUGCUUCCUUCGAGUUCCAUAUUUAUUUUGACGAUGCUUUUAAGGAUGUGCAGAAUGGCACGGUGCGACAUGUAAACGAAUAUGCUGAGAUCCUAGUGGACGUAAUCAAAGAAGUAUACACAAUUUUUAGUGACGACGACCUGUGUAUAUUCAAGAAGAAGCCCCGUCUCCCUCAGCAGAAGAUCAUCAGCACACCGUAUGGAGGUCGUCUGGAGUACACACUUCCUAAAGGCAACAUAAUGAUGGUUCACCUCAAGGACAAACAGCUGAUACGACACAAAAAGAGAUGGUCCCAGAUCAUGUAUUUAUACUACAUCCUUGGCUGGAGACUCAACAGCAAGUACUUGAAGAUGUUUGAGAUGUUUGGACAUGUGGAUAAACUGAGGAAAAACCUAAAGAAAGAGAAAGAAAACACAUACAUCUUGGCCCUGGAUGGAGACACAGAUUUCCAGCCCUCUGCUGUGAUGUUACUGAUUGACAGACUUAAACUUUACCCGGAGGUGGGAGCUGCCUGCGGCCGGAUUCACCCCACUGGCACUGGGCCCAUGGUGUGGUAUCAGAAAUUUGAGUAUGCAGUGGGCCACUGGCUGCAGAAGACAGCAGAGCAUGUGUUUGGCUGUGUGCUCUGUAGCCCUGGUUGCUUUAGUCUCUUCAGAGGUGCUGCCCUCAUGGACGAUAAUGUCAUGAAGAGAUACACCACCAAACCAACAGAAGCCAGUCACCAUAUACAGUACGACCAAGGAGAGGACCGCUGGCUCUGCACUCUCUUACUGCAGCAGGGCUGGAGGGUGGAGUAUAAUGCUGCAUCAGACGCCUACACCAACGCACCACAGGACUUCAAAGAGUUCUACAACCAGCGGCGGCGCUGGGGGCCCUCCACCAUGGCCAACACCAUUGACCUGCUCGGCUCUGGGGGCCUGACCACUCAGCAGAACAGCUCCAUCUCUAAACCUUACAUCAUUUACCAGGUCAUCAGCAUGGGUGCCUCCAUUUUGGGCCCUGCCACCAUCUGCCUGAUGAUAGCAGGAAGCUUUACUUUCAUAAUGAAAAUGGAACAAAAUGCUGCUCUCAUUGCAGCCACAGUGCCUCCCACAAUCUACGUGGCACUGUGCUUCAAGGUGAAAGCUGACACACAGAUCCGGAUAGCAGCAGUCAUGAGUGUUCUGUAUGCGUUCCUCAUGACUGGAACGAUUCUCUCCAUCAUAGGUGACAUAGUAAUAAAUCAGACAUUUAUGACCCCCAGUGGCCUGUUUCUGAUUAGCAUGACUCUACUGUACUUCAUCACAGCAGCUCUUCAUCCUCAGGAGUUUUCCCUGGUCAUCUAUGGGGUAUUGUAUUUCCUCUGUAUACCCAGUGGCUAUCUCCUGCUUUCUAUUUACUCCAUUGUGAAUAUGAACAAUGUCUCAUGGGGGACACGAGAGACUGGUGGUAAAGUGGAAACUGUAGCGGUGAGUGCCAUCAAGAGGCAGGUCAUACAGGCUGCAUGCUGUAAAUGCCCCUGCUGGAAUAACAGUGACACUACAAGUGUAAAUGAACCACCAGCGAAAUCCACAGUAUCUGAGGAGGGAGAUCUUAGGGUCCAAAUGGAUUCUGAAGAAACUGAGAGGUCAAAUGAAUGCAUCACACCACAAACUCCGAGAAACUGGAUCGAAGGUCUGCAAGUAAAAUCUCAUGAUUUUCCACUUCACCAGGACACACUCUCAGAGGAUGAAACUGAGUUUUGGAAAGAACUGCAGAAACGGUAUUUAGAACCUCUUAAAGAGAACAAAGAGCAACAGGAAAAAGUAGCAGAAGAGCUCAAAGGCCUUAGAAACAAGGUGGCAUUUGUAUUCUUCAUCUGCAAUGCUCUUUGGUUGAUGGCCACCUUCUUCCUCCAAACCAUUGGCAAGCCUGUCACCCUGAGUAUUCCAAAAAUUUAUCCAAAUGGGACUGUGGCAAAAGGCGAAAUAUUUUCUGUUGAUCCAAUAUCACUGAUGUUUCUUCUGAGCUUUACAUUGCUACUAUUUAUGCAAUUUUUCGCCAUGCUUUACCACAGAAUCUACACAUUAAUCCAUUUUGUGGCCUACAUUGACACUGAAAUUAAAACUGUCAAUAGGAAAUAAUCAGCUGAAUCUAGUCAUGAUAAAAACGGUUCUUGAAUCUUCACAAACUAAUGAUCAGUCUGGCACACCACUGGAAAUGGAUUCAUGCAACUAGAACCCAACUGCUAAAGGAGAGAUGAUUAAAGUACAACUUUAAUAUAAGCUCUCAAAAGAGAAACCAUGCUUACCUCAGCUGAAGGACAACCUUCUUAUCAUGUCUAUCUGUUAAAUGCAUUACUAUACAUAAAACUACAAGAAAGAAAGUUACAGAUGCACCUACAAGAUGCUAGUAGAUACUAGACUUGGGGUACACUAAAAAUCCAUUGUAUAGCAUCUCUGGUUGGUCAACCUGUUGGCUGUACAGCCAGAUGACAUCUCAUCUGUCCAGUAAAAGCAGCGGACUCUAGCUCUUUUACGCAAUGUGUCCUCAUCAAAUACUAUAGUGUAUACUAUAGUGUAUAUGUUAAGGUAGCACCAGUAGAGGCUAUUUAUUAAGAGACUACUGAAUUGAUUGAUAUUAAUAACUUUUCACUAUUUAUUGAUUGAUUCAUGAUUUCAUUAAUCUAUCUCAUUAUGAAAUGGCUCACUGAUAAUAAAUAAACACAUCUUCUUGGUAAUGAUUUAUUUUAUUUUUUUUGCUUUUGUGCUCUUAGAGAUGGAAAUCCACAUUAAUUCUUUCCUACAUCAAGCCAGAUUCAAAUAUAUGAGGAAAGAAAAGCACAGGCUUCGCAAUACAUAUUACAGAAAAUAAUCAGUUAACAGCAGAAAUUGUUAAGUUUCAGACAUUAUUAAAUGUAUUCAUGCAUAUGUAUACCUCUGUGCUGGAUAUAUCAUAAUCAGUUAAACGAGUGACUAUUGGUUUAAAAUUUCACAUGACCAUUUCCUGAAGGGCAAAAGGGAAGCUCUUAUUGUGAAGUAACCGGAAAUAUGUGGGGAUUUUGAGGAGGGUGAAUGGUGUGGUGGAAAAAAAUGGCGGUCGCUAAUAAAGUUGUGAUCGAUUAACUUAUGAAGUGUGUCUUUGAGCGUGACAGAAAUGACACCUGAAGGUCAUCUACUUGUUAUUGUGGUAUUUAAUGCCCUUGUAUUAUUAGAAUAAGUGUUUGCUGUUAAAAAGGAAAUAUGUUGUUUUGUUAUCGUGCCAUUUCACAUUACAGCUGCGGUCAAGAGAAGGACCGAAAAGCAAAGCCAAUGGCAAUGGGAAUCACUCUAGAAUGUGGCAGUACUUGACAGUAGCCAUGGCUGGAGGAGCUGAGCAGGGUUGACAGUGAGCAUCAGACAAGCCUAGUAGCAAGCACUCUGAGCUGGCCCUGAGGGAGGCUGCACUCAGCACUUAGGAGGCCUUGAAAGCGGACAAGGGAGCAACAAGAAAGCUCCUGCGAACUGAAUGAC